ACAGACCCAAAUAAUAUAUGUAGAGUGUGCUACAUACUUCGACUCGGACGUUGUUUCUUACUCCAUACGUACUCUCUCUACAUGAAAAACAAAAUAAAAAUUAAAAAAAAUAAAUUAGAGUACUAUAGAGAAGUAUUUAAAUCCGAGUGAAGACAAAAAAGCAAAAGAAAAGAGAAUGUAACAAAAGCGAGACGACCAAGAACCCCAGGAGGUGUCAUUGCGAUCGAUCAAAUUCAAUUAAUCCCUUCCCCUAAACCUAAACCUAAACCUAACCUCGCUUUUUUUCCUCCUCUCCCUCCCCCCCAACUCUCCAUCUCUCCGAAACACCAGCUUGCGCCUGCGCAACAGACCAAUAAUAAAUAGAUACACACACACACAUAUAUAUAUAUAUUUAUAUAGAUAGAUAGAUACAUCAAGAGAUAUAUAUUUAUAUAUAUGGAGCCGGGCCCGGACCCUUCCGGCGGUAGCGGUGGGGGUGGCGGUGGCGGUGGGGAAGGCCCUUCCUCUUCUUCUGCCGCAGCAGCAGGAGCAGCAGCAGGUCCGUCCUCCUCUUCUGGUGCUGCUGCUGCGGCCGCUGCUGAUCCGGCGACGACGCAACCGCAAGCGGAAGCGGAGGCGAUGGAGCAGCAGGCGAUGCAGCAGGGGCAGCCGAGCAGAUACGAGUCGCAGAAGCGGAGGGACUGGAACACGUUCCUGCAGUACCUGCGGAACCACAAGCCGCCGCUGAGCCUGGGGCGGUGCAGCGGGGCGCACGUGAUAGAGUUCCUCAAGUACCUGGACCAGUUCGGGAAGACGAAGGUGCACGCGGAGGGGUGCGGCUUCUUCGGGCAGCCCAGCCCGCCGGGCCCCUGCGCCUGCCCGCUCCGCCAGGCCUGGGGCUCCCUCGACGCCCUCAUCGGCCGCCUCCGCGCCGCCUACGAGGAGAACGGCGGCCGACCCGAGUCCAACCCCUUCGCCGCCCGCGCCGUCCGGAUCUACCUCCGCGAGGUUCGCGAGAGCCAGGCCAAGGCCCGCGGAAUUCCCUACGAAAAGAAGAAGCGCAAGCGCGCACCGCCCACGCCGCAAACGCAAGGAGGAGGCGGCGGUGAAUCGUCUUCAUCGGCAGCUGCUGGGGCCGGAGAGGGGUCGAGCGGCGCCGCAGCCGGGGCCUCCGAUCCAGCUGCUUCUUGAACUAUAAUUUGAGUAUACUACUCUACCAGAAAAAAAAAAAAAAAAA